CAUUGGGAAAUAAAAACAUAUGAUCCUAUUUUGGGAAAGUCAUUAUGUUUUAGUCCUAUUUAGGUAAAUUUCUCUAUUUAGUUUUUUUAUAAAUUUGUACGAGACUAAUUAUAGUAUUGUGUGUAGCUAUCUUGUAUGGCGGAUUGCCAUCAACGCCUUGAGCCAGGUAGGCACCCAGAUGGUUUUGUACCUUCUCACGAUGUAGUGCAAGUUCAUGACUUGUUAGGGGAGUGUAUAUGUGCUCUUGGACAUCCAUGUAUCUUUGAUCAUCCACAGGAGCAGCCAGUCUAUAAUCCAGGACAUAUUCGGAGAUGGACAGAGAGUUGGCGCAAUGCACCUGCUGUUGGGGUUAGGCAUGGGGGCGGGGUCAGCGGAGUACUCCAAGUCGAGACUCCAGCAUUCCACGACUGGCUUUGUCUUGCGUCCAGCGGUCCAAUUCCAGAAUUUCAAGCGUCCGAAUUCCAGAGUUGUAGAUUCGGCCGUCCUCUUGCGUCUCCAAUCCAAAUGGACGACCAGGCUCCGGCGGCGGAAGAGUCUUCAGUAGCAGUUGUUUGAUAUAUAAUUUCUAGCGUGAAGAUUGAGAUUUCAGCCAUUCACGCUAGCGUAUCUCUCAGAUUCCAUCUAACCUUCCGCCUUCGUCUCCAAGUUUUUGAGCAGUAGGCAGAAUGAAUGAUUGACAUAUUC